AUGGUGCAGAAGGACCGCAUAGCUCACGGCCGGAGCGAUCGAUGGGCUCUGCUAGAGACAGCCUUCUCCGUCUUCAGUGAUGUGCGGUAUGAGCGAUCUCAUUGGCUUGUUCGUAGUAGUCGCGAAGCAUGCGAUAUUUACGAGUGGAUCGAUCCGGCCUGUGGCCAGGAUAUGACCAAAGGCCAUGAAGAAAUCACCCGCAGGUCGCACAAGAUCUGGUACUUUGAUGUCGAGGGUAUGUCGAAGGAGUUGGAGCAUGGGUACGCACGGUCUCUUGCUAGGUUCUGA